AUGGACGCUGACGAGGGCAGUGCGCCGGACGAGGAGCAGAGUAUGGUGGUUGACCGAGUUGCACUCUCAAUAAGUGAUAUUUCAUGUAUGCGCCUUGAUGGUUGUCGUGUACCGUCGAGAUCCUCCAGAGCGUCGCAUAGGUGGUCACAUCCACAACGGCCGCACCGUCAACCUGUUGGAGAUGUUUCCUCGUCGUUGUCGCAUGCCGCAUCGCAGGGAAGUAGAACGUCACCACCUUCUUUUGUCUUUGCGACUCGCGUGUGCCGAAGUUUUGACUCAGUGAGUCAAUCCGGCGGUGUGUUCGAUUCGGUGGUGAGAAAUCAUGAUGGGGAGAGCGUCAGAAGCAACUCAGAGGUAGUUAAGCACAACACGUGCUUAGAGCAUUCGCAGAAAACAUGCCUUUCGUCCGUUUCGCUCCCACCGUUGAGUGAAGCAUGCAGGGGGCACGAGGUAAGUUAUGGUCUCAGCAGAAGAAGAAUGUCUUUCACUUCAUCGUUUUCUCCUCUACCCUGUUCGCCGGUACCGAAAGAACUCUCCCCCGGCCUACUUACAUCCAUACCGUGGAACCUCCCGACGCUAGGGUGGAAAGGGAUGACACCAACCGCUUCUAACGUGCAUGAGGGCCAAGCGACGAAUUACGGUGAGGAGCAAUGUGGGGAAAGAGUUGCAAAUGAUACCCGCGCGUACAGAAUUCUCAAUAUGAGCAAUUCUGGAGGCGCCGUCGCGACCGAUGCGAGUGUUUCUAGGGAACGGUGGUUCCACGUGCAACAUCAGAGCUUCCGCAAACGCUACAUAGGGCACCUCAAUUGUGUUUACGCAAUAUACAGGUCUCUCGUGCCAAGGAACUCUCCCCCGGCGGCUUCGCAGAAUAUUUCUCUCGGAGACACCCCUACCCUUGACCGCCGCGUCCGGUCGGUGGCUCUGUCAUCUGCGUCAACUGUUACCGGUGUGGCUGCCGGUUACUACACGCUGAGUGACAGUGCCUCGACACGGUGCUCAGGCGGGCAAAACGUGCCCGUCGUACCGCGUGCUGUGAGGGGUUUCUCGCCUCGGCGCCGUGGGAGGCAGCGGGCACUUUCUUCUAGGGAGAUGGACCCAUUUAUUCUAGGACUUAUCAAGAGAAGAGUCUUAUUCAGGACCACCAUAUUUUGUGAGUACACAUAUAACUGUAUUAAACAUUCGGAGGAGCUACGGCUCUCGUCGUCAGAGAUAGUCGAACCGUAUACUGAGCAGGAAUAUGCGGUUUCUUCUCAUUCGCAAAAUGGUAGUGCUUUUACAACUUCUGUGGGUCGAGCUGAGAGCGACCGUGUGGCUACCAGCGCAUCUGACGGGUCGUCUUCCAUAUUUUUUGAUGAUACACAUAGAACGGCACCACCACCAGGGAAUGAUGGAAAAAGACGAACUUCAGUAGUGUCCCCACCGCAUGAAGAAACACCAAUGGCUGUUCACCACCGGACGCUAACCCGGCUACAAACGUUAACAACAAAGGUCCACAGUGUAGACCGUGUCAUGCGCACAGUGGAUAAUGAGGAGGAUGAUCUUGUUGUUUAUGUAGGUAUGAUUUUAAUGGGUUGGCUGGAGGUCGUUGAUCUUCUUGGAUCUGGUACGUUCGGGCAGGUUUUUCUCUGCAAGGACUUGCGAAUCGCCAACAAAACUUUUGUACACCCAAGCCAGAUAGAGGGAGAUGACUUUCAGUACUGGCAGUGCUCUCACACGUAUAUACCAUUCGGUGAUCCCUCAAUGGUACCAACCCAUACACCACUUGUGGCUGUAAAGGUUGUCAAAAGCCGCGAACUAUUUGAACAGCAAUCUGCUCGUGAGGCUGAGAUUUUAGUGCACGUCAGUUCGCAAACGGCAUCGCAAGAAGAGCAACCCGCAGAGGAGCAGCAGGCGUUUCCGGCACUGUCCUUUUCAGAUCCACCCGUGCCCGACUACCGUUGCGAAUAUGUGGGUAAGAUACUUGCGCACGGAAUAUGCUAUGGUCAUCACUGCAUAGUUAUGGAACGAUAUGGUGUUAAUUUGUUUGAGUACGCGAUGGCACGUGGUUUUAAAGGUCUUCCCAUGUAUCAGAUACAGGACAUAGGCCGAAAAAUCUUGCUGGGGUUAACUCUUUUGCACGAGGAAUGCCACGUAGUGCACUGUGACAUAAAACCCGAAAACGUUUUAAUUACACUCGAUUCCUGGCUUUCUGCCAAUCCAGUCCAUAUGGCGCUCACGGUCGGUGCUCAUACACCGGGUUCUGGUGCCUCCGGAGCCAUUUCACUGGAUGCAUCGGCUGGGCAGUUGCAUCAAUCGUUGAGAUGGCCGGCAAGCAAUGGCUUACCUCCACUCUCCGAUUCGAAAUUACCGAAUGGCGCUGUGCACUCCCCUACACCUCGGCGUAUGCAGAUUGCUGCUUCCACCGAACGGAUGUCGAUGUCCUCCAUUUUGAGGGAGGUUGCACCAGCUGGUUCGGCGGCAGCGAGCUCUCCUGGACUGAAUAACGGUGCUGAAGAUGAUCCGAACCUUCCUCGCAUUCCUGCAUCGCCGUCUCUUUUACCGCUGAACAUAAAGCUCAUUGACUUUAGCAGUAGCUCUUACAUUGGAAAAGGAAUCCAUACGUAUGUACAGUCCCGCUACUAUCGCGCACCAGAGGUCAUUGUUGGUGCCGGCUAUGGGCCAGCCAUUGAUGUGUGGUCUACUGGCUGUCUUUUGGCGGAACUGCUGUUAGGCCUUCCACUUCUACCGGGAGACUCGGAUCAUCAUCAACUCUCCCUCAUUGAGGAAAUGCUCGGGCCGUUGCCUCUUUCAUUGUUAGCGAAGGGUGCAGCCACGCUCGAAUACUACGAUGUGGAUGAUGUUGAAUUGAGAAGUGAAAGUGCAGGCGCGUCUGCAUCAGAGGAAACUCCUGCGGGUCACAAAAAAUCACCCUCAUUUCGUCUCUUGAGUGAGGAGGAGUAUCUUCGCCAUCACAGGGAUGCAAAACCAACAAAGGGAAAACGGUAUUUUCAGUUCCACACACUUGCCGAACUAAUCAGGAAAUGUACAGCUAGCAAUGAGGAAAGGUGUAUUGCAACAGGGUAUAGUCCAUCCGCUGCCAUGGAUGCCAACGUGAUGGAAAUGGUCUCAACGCAGCAACCGAGGAAAGAGAUUGCUGACGAGAUUUCGCGUCAUCGAUUCCGUUUUUAUGAUUUACUAAAAAAAAUGCUCCACGGCGAUCCCGAGAGGCGCCUUACGGCCCGUGAGGCAUUGGCACACAGCUUUUUUCAAGAAACACCAAAAUAUUUACAGGUAUACUCACAACGUUAG